CUACUCAGCUACCCUUCUUGAUCUGGGGAGUCAUGUCGGGAAAUAUUGGUAGUCUUCGUGUGCAAGCAACAAAGUUCUCGGACAUCAAGUCAUCCUUCUUAUAUAGCUCCUCGGUGCAACCAUCUCUGCGACCUCGAGCUCGUACUCAGUCGCUGCCGUCGCAAGUUCAGAUUGCCUCAUCCUUCGGGCCUUCUCCCCUAGUUGGUUGACUUACCCGCGAUCCGUUGAACAUGGCAUACAAGCCAGCCGUUCUUAUCGUCGGAGCUGGGCCCACUGGUCUAGUGCUCGCUCUUUCGCUACUCAAGAGUGGCGUUCCUAUACGUAUCGUCGAGAAACUGAGAGCUCCUCACGGGGGCGCCCGGGGCACAGCCAUACAGCCUCGUACCCUAGAAUUGCUGGCGUUUCUCGGGGUCGUACACGAUAUAUUCGCAGUCUCUACCCUGCCGCUCCUGAUGGCCACACAUGGGACCGGUCAGGAAGUCUUGAAGAUCACAAGAUGGGAGCAAGAGGCCCAACCAUCCCCUCACAUUCCCUAUCCCCGGGUCGCCUCUUGUAGCCAGGCCGAGUUCGAGAAAGUCUUAAGGAAGCACAUCGAGAAGCUGGGCGCGAAGGUAGAAUAUGGGGUCGAACUUACGAAGUUUGAGCAGCAUGCCAGUGGAGUGGUAGCGAAUCUUCGGGGUUCGUCCACUGGCGAUGCUACAUAUGAAGAGACAGUUGAGUGCGCGUACAUGGUUGGUGGAGAUGGCGCCAAAGGGCACGUCCGAAAGAGUCUUGGCUUGCCCUUUCUGGGAGAGACCAAGGAAGCGGAGCGCAUGCUCACAGCAAGUGUAGACGUUGACGGUCUUGACCGAGAGUACUGGCACACGUGGGGAGCGUUCAACAGAGCGGCGUUUGCGCUGAAGCCACUCAAACCGGCUCCCCUAUUCCAGGUCCAAGCAGUCGGUCCCGAUCUGCCUGCGACCCUUCCCACCGACACUGAAGGUAUUCAGCGGCUUUUCGUAUCAAUCAGCGGUAGUCAGAAUAUCACCUUGUCCAAUGCCACUUGGAUCUCGGAGUGGAGGGCGAACAUUCGAAUGGCGAGUGCUUUCAGCGUCGGAAGGGUCUUCUUGGCUGGAGACAGCGCACACUCCCACUCGCCAGCAGGUGGUCAAGGCGGGAACACCGCGAUGCAGGAUGCAUUCAAUCUGGCCUGGAAGCUCGCCCUCGUCACCCGUGGGCUUGCAUCGCCUGCCCUUCUCAAAACCUAUGAGGCUGAGCGUGUGCCAGUCGUGGCGGAGAUGCUCAGCCUGUCCACGCAGCUUCAUUCCCUCGCCUUUAACCGGCCUCGUGCCUCGACCCUCGACGCAGGCGAAGAGCUUCGCAACGACAAAGUCAUGUUUCGUCCGAGGCAGUUGCUCCAACUCGGAAUCAAUUAUCGAUGGUCGCCCAUUGUCCUGGAAGCUCGCGCUGGCGAAGAUGAUACAUCGGCGAACAAUCCGUACGGGCAGGAGUCAUCGAAAUUACGCGCUGGAGACCGUGCACCGGAUGCGACGCCACUCGUCGAUGCAGACAACACUCCGGGUGGAGUCAUUACGUUGCACUCAACUUUCUCCACUGAGCACCACACGAUUCUCGCCUUCCUAUCCGCCACAGAUACGCUCGCGCACCUCAAACCCCUGACAGAGUAUGUUGACGGGGGACUAGCAAGAAUCUCCGUGGUUCACAAGAGUGUGCUGGGAAGGGAAAUGCGACCCAAAGAUUCGCGAGCCCUCGUUGAUGUCGAAGGGACGGCCCAUGCGGGUUAUGACGUGCACGGCGAUGGACUCUCCUUCGUGGUGGUCAGACCGGACGGCAUCAUCGGAGCGUAUACGCAUGACGUGGCCGAUAUUGGUCGUUACUUCGCGGCUGUGCGGGGGUUCGCUGCUUGACAAGUAUCACGAGCGGUAAGUGUAGUAAGUCUACGACGACAUGUGAAGAAUCCGAAAUGUACAAUGUCAUUGUGAUCUGCGUUGUGAUGGUAGAACGGAUGGACCGCGAGAUGAUCUCGGACGUAACUUGAAUGGCAGAGACGGGAUGUACUACAGUCCCGGACAAGCAAAGGCGACAAUCUGUAUAGCGCUCGAACGCGACUUUUCCGCAAGA